AUGGUUGUCAUCGCAAUUGCUGGUGGUGCAAAUGGCCUGGGUCGCACUAUUGCGGAGACGGUUCUUCGCCAGGGCAAACAUCAGGUGAAGAUCUUGAGCAGAUCGGCGAACCCUAAGCUUGCAGCCGAGAUUGGCUGUGAAAUCAUCGCUGUCGAUUACGACAACAUUGAGAGUAUGAAGAAGAUCUUGGAAGAGAAUGAUGUUCAUACAGUGAUCUCCACGAUCUUUUUGACCACUUCGGCAAAGCCGCAGAACAACCUGGUGAUGGCUGCAGAUGCGUCAAAGGUAACGAAGCGUUUUGUUCCAAGUAUCUGGGGUGUCCCCAUGACUCGAGAGCAAGCCGACGCCGCUAACUUCAUCAUCGGCCGCGUCAAGUUCGAGGGUGUGGAGGUCCUAAAGAAGACAUCCCUCGAACACACGCGGUUCUAUGUGGGUUUCUUUCUUGAUUACUGGGGUUACCCCCACGUACCUACACACGUAACCCCCCUUACCAUGGCCGUCGACAUGCAAAACGAGUUUGCCGCUCUCCCCGGUACCGGAACAACUCCAAUCUCAUUUAUCCACACUGUGGAUAUUGCGAAGUUUGUAGCUGCGAGCUUGAAUCUCCCAAAGUGGGACGAGGAGAGCUACAUUCUUGGGGACAGGCUUACCUGGAAUGAUUUCGUCAAGACUGCAGAAGAGGUCAAGGGAAUAAAAUUCAGAGUUACAUACGACUCGAUCGAAAAGCUUAAUACAGGAACGGUAACUGAGCUUGAGACUCACAAAGACAUCUAUCCUAUCAUGCCCAAGGAGAAUGCCCAGUUACUCAUGGCAACUUUCGGAAAGUUUUUCCAUGACGGGGUGUUUGACUUGAAGCCCGAAAAGACACUCAACCAGGUGUUUCCUGAGAUCAAAGUGAGCUCAGUAAGGGAUGUUCUGCAAAAGGCUUGGGGAAAUCAUUGA